AUUUAAAACUGUUCUUUCCGAAUAGGACAAUCAGUUGGUUCAUCAUCAUCCUCAUCGGUGCAGGAUCUCGAAGCGGAGGAGGAAUAGCGUUUUUUCUUUGCCGAUCUAUCAUCUCCUUCGUUGUUCUCUGGGUUGAAAUUUUCCCUCCAAGAUGAACGACGCCGAUGUCUCGCAGCAGAUUCAGCAGAUGGUGAGGUUCAUCAACCAGGAAGCGGAAGAGAAAGCCAACGAGAUCUCUAUCUCCGCCGAAGAAGAAUUCAACAUCGAGAAGUUGCAGCUGGUUGAGGCACAGAAGAAAAAGAUCAGGCAGGAGUAUGAGAAGAAGGAGAAGCAAGUGGAGGUCCGAAAGAAGAUUGAGUAUUCCAUGCAACUGAAUGCAUCAAGGAUCAAAGUUCUACAAGCCCAAGACGACAUUGUCAAUCACAUGAAAGAGGAAGGGGCAAAGGAGCUUCUGAAAGCUAGCCAUCACAACUUCUUUGGUCAUCACCACCAUGAGUAUAAAAAGCUUUUGAAAGAUCUCAUCAUUCAGUGUUUGCUUAGACUGAAAGAACCUUCGGUAUUGCUGCGUUGUCGUGAGGAAGAUCUUCACAUGGUGGAGUCAGUGUUGGAUGACGCAAGGGAUGAAUAUGCUGAGAAAGCAAAGGUUCACGCUCCUGAGAUCUUAGUUGACAAGGACAUCUUCCUCCCACCUGCUCCUUCUGGCGAUGAUCACCAUGGUCCUCACUGUUCCGGGGGAGUGGUGCUGGCGUCUCGUGAUGGGAAGAUCGUGUGCGAGAAUACACUUGACGCGAGGCUGGAAGUUGCAUUCCGCAAGAAACUUCCCGAGAUCCGGAAGUGGCUCUUUGGCAAAGUUGGUGCCUGAAGCACCACUGCACACUCUUCUCCUCAACAAGGCCAAUUUUAAUCUAAAUACAUAGAGGUGUGUAAUGGUCCAUUUAUUUCUAAAAAUAGUAAUAAUUGGACGUGUAAUGUCCCUGGAUCAUUGGAAGUCAUUGUUCAUUAUCAUAUGUUUUCUGUGAUUCAUUUUCAUCUGUUGUUGUUUUGAGAUAACUUCCUUUCUCCUAAAAAUAAAUAAAACAAGAUGCUGUUUUUAGAUUUC